CCACAUGGGCAGUACCCUUUCACUGGAAUUUCGUCGUCCCUUUACUGGCGAAACUCCUCUUCCUCCCGCUUUUCAGCCCUUACCUACUUUUUCCAUCCUUUGUGCCCUCCAGUCUUUUUCGGCAUGUGCUCUUCAUGCGCAAUACUUUGCGUGAUGCAUGCGAGUCGCGCUCAGUUCCCUGGGGAAGCAACUGAUGGCUGGUGUCAUACCAGGUGCUAACUCGAAUGCUGUCUUAUCUAUUCUUGCUGAACAGAUAGUUAUCACAGUUCCACUGUGUCAAGCCGAUAUUUUCAUCUACGUUGGUGUCGGCAAACAAUCUCAUGUUUUCGUAGCCAUUAUCUGCCACUCUGAACCGGACGGUGACGCAGGCCGUCUGCAGCAAUUUGCCGUAGACCUAGGGUAAAUAGACAUUCCCGAUCUUGAUCCCCAUCAAACACUCGUUUUCUGUACAUCAAUUUUUUCAAAUUCUGGCAUUUUGAUGCAUUGCAGCGUGGUAACACAUCAACAUUCGUAGCAAUGGUGGACUUGGCAGACUUUUCAUUGAUUGUGCGUAGGACUCAUUCGACCAAUGCAUGAGGUGCAACCCCUAGCAACGACCGAGUAUUCACUGGUCUGCCCCACCGAGUGGCUUGUCCAGUGUCGGAUCAACCCACGAACAGCUCUCGGUUUCUUUCUGGAAAAUUUUUGGAGUGGACUCAUGCAAUGGCGACUCCGCGAAAGUCUGCCAUCCAUGCUAUGAAAACAAUCACCCCAAAGACACUGCUGAGCAAGCGCGCUGUUUGCUUGUCUUAGAUGUAGUUGGCGACUUGCACGAAUCUCGCAACAGCGAACGCCACGUUGUUCCCAGCGAGUACCCGAAGCUCAGGGUGCGAUUUUGCUCGUCUGAGUCUUCCUCACUCCUUUAAAGAGCUCUGUUCAUAGUCGACCAAGUUCGUUUUUCUAUUUGCGGGAAACUUCUGACCUCUCUGAUGCCUCCUACGCGCGCUCCUCCCUUGCUGCCAUUCUGAGGUCUGUCUGGGUGACCUCUCUACUCCUUCAUUUGUAUAGUCUUUUCUCGAAGUAUCUUUCCUAUAUGUCGGGGACAUCGUGGUGUACGUAUUGGCUUUGUCCUUGAUCUCUGGAACAACUUCGGCUGUGAUGCUUUGCGACUCGUAGCGCGCGCGAAAUUCCCCUUUUCCGGCUCCUCGUGCGUUUGCCCGCCACUUGCAAUCUAUCGUACGGUUACCGAAUCUUCUUGCUCAUUUCGCUCUGCUGGAAGGAUUAAUUCCGGCACUUUUUCACUAGAAACCUUCUCCCCUUGAGGGAACAAAACCCGUGUCCAAAAUGUUUCAAAACGCGUUCCAGUCCGGGUUCAUCUCCAUACUCUACAGUAUCGGCUCAAAGCCUUUACAGGUGUGGGAUAAAUAUGUCCGCAAUGGACACAUUAAACGUCUCACGGACAAGGAUAUCCAGAGUUGUGUCCUUGAAGUCAUGGGCACCAACGUCUCCACCACUUACAUCGUCUGCCCUGCGGACCCUGAACAGACUCUCGGCAUCAAGCUGCCGAUUCUCGUUAUGAUUGUGAAAAACAUGAAGAAGUACUUCACCUUCGAGGUCCAGAUUCUCGACGACCAAAAUAUUCGGCGGCGAUUCAGAGCUUCCAAUUACCAAAGUACUACGCGCGUCAAACCAUUCGUGUGCACAAUGCCAAUGCGUCUGGAUGAGGGAUGGAACCAAAUUCAGUUCAACUUGGCAGAUUUCACGCGAAGAGCCUAUGGGACAAACUACGUGGAGACUCUACGAGUCCAGAUACACGCCAACUGCAGAAUACGGCGAAUUUAUUUCAGUGACCGCCUUUACGGAGAGGAGGAGCUUCCCGCCGAAUUCAAGCUCUUCAUGCCCGUACAGAAAUCCCAAUAAUGUCGAAAGAACGGCGCCUAUUAGAUGUGAUUUUCUUUGUGGCAGCUUUUGGGACUGCCCUCCUUUUGUUUUAUGAGUUCCCGAAGACGCCGGAUGCCGCAACGGGCGUUUGGGAUCUUUUUGCAUAUACUGAUACGCGUUUGAGCGUUUGCUGUUCCCAAUGGGGAGCAAAAACUAGUUUUUUUCACUGAAGAAAAUGCAUCGGGACACGUGGCAAAGAUCGAAUUUUGUGUUCGGUGACCCCCCGAAUGCCGCAUUCGCGUGGCAGCUAGCAAGGCGCCUUGAAAAAGGAGGUCCCUGACACGCCCCGGUAUUGUCGUUCUUUUCUAAAAUAUUGUAAGCGUAAAUUUCAGCAUGUCUUGUACAUUGUCUAAUUUGGCAGUCUUUUUUUUAUGGUGAACUGCUUGAGUUGGGCAGAAUGAACCUGCUCCUGUAUCUGGUCAUGAGGGUCAGCUGCUGGUGUGGAAACAUCAGGUGUGAUUCUUGUGUAAAUAACGUACAGCCGUAUGCUGGGUCUGUGCUUUGACUUUUGAAAAGGGAAUUGUUUGCGUAUUUUCCUUCAGCUCCAGAGACUAUCCGCUCGCUCGUUAGUUGGUGGUAGCGCUGCAAAAGAACGAAGCCUAGUAGCAAGUUCUCGCCGAGAAUGCCCCUCCCGUUUGUGCAUCUACCAUCACACUUGUCAGCUAGUACCUGUUUUUCUAUGCUACCCAUCCUUUUCGCACAGUGAUCAUCAGCACGAACGCGUCUGCUAAGGGUGGAAGCCGGUAGGCACACGAUUCCACUUGGGCGGCGUCACAUAGCACAACCUUCUUCAGAUUAGAAGGCCCUUUUGGACUAACCUGAUACUAGACGCAACGGUAGCUGGAUGACAACAGACCUUUUUGUUUACCUGAGAAUGCUAGAUGUUCGGAAGGCCAUUGAGUAACCAAUGUUAAUGGAGGAGGAACCUGAUGUGCAUGUGAGUGGUUCUAGUUUUGAUCCGCGUUCCAUGCUACUGUCAGCAGCUCACGGCGGGACGGGGACUGAACUUCGUUUUCUUCUGGUUUCCAACCACGGUCAUGAGGGAAACAGAUGCCUUCAGGUGCACGUGGUCAGCUGCGGAAUCGAGAGUGUGGUACGGUAUGCCAGUCAUGCCCCGGCACAACCUUCGCCAUCUACGAACUCAGCUGGCGACGUUUUUGCGAAGCAGUGGGUGAGCCUUUAGUGCUGCGGGGGUUGGUGACCUAAAUGAUAAGCACGCAUGACUGAAGUGCAGUAACUCGGCGAGCUGACGUUGGGCUUUCCUCUUCAGAUUCUUUUCUGUGACAGAAAACCCAGCUUGCCACACAUUGCAGAACCCAUGACAAAUGCCUUUGGUACCCCUGGACUUCACUCAUCGGCAGUCUAGUGUUUCUUUUGAGCCGCAGCCGCACCGGUAACGCUUAGCUACGCAUUCCCUUUCUGUACUUCUCUCGAGAAAUACAGUAACACCUCAGCAUUCCCUCCCGCGAACACCAACACGUUGUCUCCCCUCCGCCGCUUGGCACGGUCGAAAAAUCACCAACGAAUACGCCUGCGACUCUCGAGAAAGUUGGUUUCGCUCCUUUGUCACAGCCUCAGGAAAUGUCAUUCGCCAUCCAUCCGAUUGCCAAAUAAUCCGCGAUUUGUCCACCCGAACAUGUGAGAGAUCCUCUUUCGGUUUGUACCUUCUUAUCUCUUCAGUUUUAGCAGAACAGUAUUUUGUCAGGACUACAGUCAACCUAAUCACUUAGCACACUGUAGGGCCACAGGUUCAACAUCAACUGGCUUGUUUUAACUUCGUCGCGACAGUGUUACUGUAGUGAGAACAAUCGAAGCAAAAUAACAAACCGCUGCGGCCAGCGUGGGCGGGAGAAAGCGCUGAAUUGGGACUCCGACUCAGGUUGUAUCUGGCUGCCGCGUGGUUGUUGUCACCGACGAGAAAAAUAACGUUUCUGCUGCCGAGAUCCC